AUGGCAGAGCUCUUGGGCUAUGAGAAGUUAGUUGUGCUGAAUGAGACAAGUGUGGAUUCUGCAAAGACGAUGCUGGUUUUGUGUAGCAAGGGAAAAGACGGUGUUAAGAUACACAUGGACAGUGUUGAUGCCAAGCACAUGGAAUUCCUGAAUGGAGUAGGAGCCAAGGGAACAGCAGGGGAAACAUAUGUGUAUCUUGGAGACGACAAGAAGAUGGUGGUGUUUGUAGGGCUCGGAUCGAUUGAAGAAGCAGAGAAUGAGCUUGAGCUGAAGAAUGUGUCGAGAAAGGCAGGAGCGCUUGCAUACAAGGCUGUUUCUCAUCUGAAUGAUGUAGAGAUUGCAUUGAGCUCUGAGAUGAUGUGUAAGGAGGUUGUGUCUGGAAUAGUUCUUGCAUCGUAUAAAUAUGACUUUUUGGACUCUGAAGAAAAGAAAGGCAAGAAAGUGGCAAUCAGCUGCAAGUGUCCGGAGAUUUCGAAGGCAAUAACAAUUGCGAAUGCACAGAAUUUUGCGAGGUUUCUAGGAGACACGCCGGCGAAUCUUAUGAAUCCAACGCUGUUUGUUGAAUAUGCAAGCAAGUAUCUGGGCCAAAAGAAGAAUGUGAAGAUGGAGGUGUAUGACCAGAAGUUCAUGAAGGAGAGCGGAAUGAAUCUACUAUUGAGUGUGGCACAGGGAUCGGUGCAAGAGCCGAAGUUUGUGGUUGCAAAGUAUCGUGGACGAGGAGGAGAGUCAGUGGAUGUGUCGUUGGUAGGAAAGGGAGUGUGCUUUGAUUCAGGAGGGAUUUCAUUGAAGCCGUCUGCAAAGAUGAACCGAAUGAAAGGAGACAUGCUGGGGGCAGCAUCGGUGCUGAGUGUGAUUGGGCUUGCAUCUGAUCUUGGAGUGAAGAUGAAUGUUGAUAUUGCAAUACCUCUUGUGGAGAACAUGCCAAGUGGAACAGCCACCAAACCUGGGGAUGUGUAUGUUGGGAUGAACGGAAAGAGCGUUGAGAUUGACAACACUGAUGCAGAAGGGAGGCUUAUUUUGGCAGAUGCACUUGUGUAUGCACAGAAGGCGAAUCCAUCGUAUAUAUUUGAUGUUGCAACACUGACAGGUGCGAUUUGUGUUGCUCUUGGGGAUACGUACAUGGGGUACUUCACGAAGGAUGAUGAGCUGUCAAGCAUGAUAUAUCAAAGCGGGAUUGAGGCAAACGACCCUGCAUGGAGGAUGCCGCUUUCUAAGUUUUACUUGCCGUUGAUGAAGUCGAAUGUGGCUGAUCUGAAGAAUACUGGAGAGUCUAGGGAGGCAGGGUCAUCGACAGCAGCGAUUUUCCUGAAUGAGUUUGUUGACAAGAAGUUUAAGUGGGCACACUUUGAUAUUGCUGGAGUUUCUGAAAGCAAUGGAAACAAGGCAGUGUUUGGAGAAAGCAUCACUGGAUGUUCUGUCCCCAUUCUGAUUGAGAUUAUUGAGAAACUGUCUCAGAAAAUCAAUUAA